AAAGGACCGGCCUGGGGAUGGCACUGUGCCCCUGCGGUACCGAUAGACCCUAGAGAGAAGGGGCGUUCCACUCUGGUGGCGUGGUGCUGAAGCGCAGCACCAGGGCUGGGAGGUUCUAGUGAUCCACCGCGAUGGCAGUCUGGCCGACCCCCUACCCCGCCCCCGGGCUGGAGGGGUGUCAGCGGAGAUGUCACGGGAGGCGAUUAUUCGCUGGUGCGCGCAGUCGUGCGGCCGCCACUGACGGGGCGGGCGGAGGGGGGGGCGCCACCUCCGGGGAGACCGCCCAGAGCUGCGCCGUCAGCUCCGCAGCCCGCGCCCGGCGCACACGCAUCGCCGCGCCCUCGCGUCCCCCGCAGUAAAGUUCGGCUCAACUUUGACGCCCUGUCCCUUCCACCUCUCUGCAGGUCCUUGGCGGCCGCGGCGAAGCAGGCGGCGGCGGACACCCAAGCGCAGCCUCGGAGCCCCACGAGGCGGUCGGCGGCGAUAACGACAGUGGCAAAGGAGCGCGCGAGUGGGCGCCGGAGGGGACUCGGAGAGCGUCUAGCCCGGAGCGCGCCUCUUGGAACCGUGCGUGGGUGCCGGCCAAGCAGGGCUCCAGACCUCUGCCGCUUGAACGAGAGCUCACGCUGCAAUUGAUUGGGCUCCUCCGGGAGGGCGCGUGUGUCCCGGGGAGCGGGUGCGGAAGGCAGAAGGGCAGGAAGUCGGCGUUCUGCAGCGAGGGUGGCGCGACCGCGCGGGGACCGAGCCUUCCUUAUUUAUGUGCCUGCCAGCGCUCGUCUGCUUCCUCCGAAGACUUCAGGGAGCGUGUCCGACCUACCAUCCCCAACUGUGAGGACACAGAGCUGGAUGUCAGAACAACAUGCUUAUCCAUUAAACUGCAAACUUUUCUUUUUUUAAACCCAAAGAAUAUCGGUGGCUUUUGCCCACUGCUAGAAGAGGGAGCCCAGGGCUCUUGAGAUGCAACAAAAUCCAUAUUUAUAACCAAGCCCGGUAGUGCUAUGCAAGCCCCCUCCACUCAGUAAGUUCUCUAUCCUAUGGAUCUCGCUUUUGAGCUUUGAGAUUAGAUCGCGCACUCUGCACUGGGUCCUGCAACCUCCAUCCUUUCAAUGCCCUGUUAUUUUUGGGACUGCUGGCCUUCCCUGGAGAUUAGAGCGGUCCUGUGUGCCAUGGGCUGUAUUCAGAGCAUCGGAGGCAAAGCCAGAGUCUUCCGGGAAGGGAUUACGGUGAUUGAUGUGAAAGCCUCCAUCGACCCCAUCCCCACCAGCAUCGACGAGUCCUCCAGCGUGGUACUGCGCUACCGGACACCCCAUUUCCGGGCCUCAGCCCAGGUGGUCAUGCCACCCAUACCCAAGAAAGAGACCUGGAUCGUUGGCUGGAUUCAGGCAUGCAGCCAUAUGGAGUUUUACAACCAGUACGGGGAGCAGGGCAUGUCUAGCUGGGAGCUCCCUGAUCUCCAGGAGGGCAAAAUCGAGGCCAUCAGUGACUCGGAUGGGGUAAACUAUCCCUGGUAUGGCAAUACCACUGAGACCUGCACCAUUGUGGGCCCCACCAAAAGAGACUCCAAGUUCAUAAUCAGCAUGAACGAUAAUUUUUACCCGAGCGUCACGUGGGCGGUGCCCGUCAGUGAGAGUAAUGUGGCCAAACUGACUAACAUCUACCGGGACCAGAGCUUCACCACAUGGCUGGUGGCCACCAACACCUCGACCAAUGACAUGAUCAUCCUGCAGACCCUGCACUGGCGCAUGCAGCUCAGCAUCGAGGUGAAUCCCAACCGGCCCCUGGGCCAGCGUGCCAGGCUUCGAGAGCCCAUUGCCCAGGACCAGCCUAAAAUCCUGAGCAAAAAUGAGCCCAUCCCACCCAGCGCCCUGGUGAAGCCCAAUGCCAAUGAUGCUCAGGUCCUCAUGUGGCGGCCCAAGUAUGGGCAACCGCUGGUGGUGAUCCCGCCCAAGCACCGGUAACAGCCAGGUCGCUGCGAGGUGAGACUCACGGAACAAUAUUACUGCUCAGAAGGAAACCCAGAUGCCCUCUCCGGUCAUUCAGAAAAUACAACCAUUCUACCUUC